AUGGUGGAUGAAGAAGAUGAAAAAAUCUUGUUGAAAAGAGAAUCAGCUAAGUAUGAAGAAAGAAUCAAAAAGUCUAAAAUAAGAGAGGGAAUGUUUAAGAAAAAAUCAGAAGGAUACAACAAAAUAAAAGCUGAGAGUGUGCCAAUAAUAAAAACAUUCCUAGGCUAUGUGCUUGAAUUAUAUCCCGAUGAAAUACAUCUGAUUUCAGACAUUUUAGUUCAAUCUGUUAAACGUAAUGAUGUAGAUGAAAAGAUUAAUGUGAUUUUGACUAAAAAAAUUAAGAAUUUGGAAGAAAUUAAGAAUAUAUUGGGAUCCGUUGAUACAUGA